UGUUAUAAAGAAGGGGUUUGUGGUGAUUGGGGAAAGGUGGGGUAUAAGAGAACAUGCAAAACUUAGCAAAAGGCUAAGUGAAAAACGAAGCAGAGCACGCGGGAAUGCCACUAGUCCCAUCGCACUUUUUAGGAACACAACACUCUGUUUUACAUCACCAUUGCCUCCUCCUGCCCCCUGUAUCUCACCACUCAUUCUCCAUCGUCACUCCUCAUCCCUUCAAAUCCCUUUCUCAUCUCCCCCCAGAUGCUACUUUAGUUGCUUUUUCUGCUAAUUAUUUACGAUUUUCGGAGAAAACGCGAAAUGGGCUGCUGUCUCAGCACCGGAGAUCGUCAUCCAGAGGCGGAGAACCGGCGUUCCUGUGGAGGAGCGCGACCCAGAUCGCCGCCUGCUGCGCCCGAAGAAGAAGCUGUGAAAGAAGUGUUGUUGGAGACAACCGUUGCGCCGAAGGUUGAUGAGAGGAUCAAGGGAACGCCGCUUGGAGAUCGGGGGUUGAAGGUGGAAGCGGGGCCGAAGGCUGUGAUUCAUGGGAAUCCCGAUCCACCAGGAAAAGCUGAUGUGGAGAUUGUUUGCGAGGUUUCUGAAGUUUCCGAAAUGGGUAGUUAUAGUGAGAGCUUCUCGAAUGCGACGGCGCAGGAGAAGCGAGACGACGACGAGGACGGCGUGGUCAACCAGAGGCCUCCGCCGAGGAAGCGGCGAGUGCCCGCCGGAGGGAGGGGGAGGGCGGAGAGGGUCGUCGCUAGAAGGGCUGCGGCACCUUCCCCGGAGAAGAGGGGUCAGGUCACCCCGUUAAGGCCAGCUCGCGGAAGGGCAAUGGCGGGGCAGCCGCGGAAUGUGGCGGAGGAAAACGGGCGGCGUCGGGACCCCGGUGAGGGUUCCGGCAGGAAGUCGCCGGUGAGACGGGUCGAGGAGGGUGGGCGCCGGAAUGUGGGUGAUGAGAAGAGUGCGGCUACGCCGGAACCUCCUAACGACGUCGUAGCAGCGGAGGAAGCCGAGUCGCUUGAGAACCCUGUUGUUUCUUUAGAGUGCUUCAUUUUCUUGUGAGGGUUCAUCAUCUCCAAUUCAAUGUUUCCAAACGAUGUCGUUCUAUGUACUUUUCUGAACACCCCUAAUGAUUUUUUCUUUGUUGUAAAUUCUCACU